AUGAAACCAAAAUAAUGGCAGGAAACUUGUUGGCUUUCGAAAGAUUUGGACCAACGCAAUAUGACGACGAAUCAACAGAAAAUUUGGUCGAAGACAAUGUCGACUAUGACUUCCUGUACCCUAGAAGUGGCCAUCGUGUGGCUGUUGAUGAAAAGAAUAUGUACGUGUUAGGAGGGUACAAUCCUCGAUUCUGGGAUGUAGAGAAUACAGAAGAUACCUACUACCCUCUGUUUAAGGAGCUAUGGCAGUUCAACAUUUCUCUGAAGAAAUGGACAUUAUUACAGACGGAGGGAAACAUGCCUAUUGAGCUGGCAUCUCACACUGCUGUGAGGUGUGGUCGGAACCUGCUGUGUUUUGGCGGGACUGGUGUACCCUUCGGUGAGAGUAGCAGUAACCAACUACAUAUCUGUAACCUUGACACACUUAAAUGGCGUCAGUUCAACUGUACAGGGGAACAUCCACAGAAAAAAUACGGCCAUUCUAUGAAUGUGGUCGGUCAUCACCUGUACAUUGUUGGUGGGACAUCAGGAUUCGUUUACAACAUGGACAUCCACCGACUUGACCUACGGACGGCCACAUGGACACAUAUUGAAGCCACCAACCAAAAGUACAUGCCUGAAAGCAGGUACAGACAUGAGGUAGCCAGUGACGGAACCAGGCUGUACCUGUUUGGGGGUGGAACUGCCGUCAAUUCAUUUGGAUUUGAUAAGGUGCCAGCAUUCCAUUUUGAGAGAUGUAUGUGGGAUGAAAUAAAGACGAAGCCAGAUCCAAAAAGUGGCUACCCUACACCCAGGAAGUGUCAUAGCUGUGUUUAUUAUGAACAAGGAGCAUACAUAUGUGGAGGGUUUGAUUCCCAUGAGAUUUUCAGUGAUAUAUGGAAGUUAUGUUUGGUGACGUAUACAUGGACAAAGCUCUCCGCUAGCCUUAACAUACCUGUUUACUUCCACGCAGCCGAUGUCACAAAGGAAGGUUGUAUGUACGUGUUUGGGGGCGUGACACAGAUUGACAACAUCAGGACCAAUGUCAUACAGAGGAUUUGGCUUCAAGUUCCGGCACUCAGUGAACUCUGUUGGGAUUAUAUGUGUACCAAGAUGGAUGUAGGAAAAGUCCAUCAGGACAAGAAACACCUACUAAGUGUGGGUGUACCUAUGCACUUUGUUGAUCGGUUAUCAUAACAAUAAUCUGGCGUUGAUAACACACAUACAAGUCUUUCAUAACACAUUAUAUACAAGUGAUACCAUAGUUUGUUGAUGCUACUGGCCUACCUCAUAAGUUUUAAGUAAGUUUUAUCUUCAGGUUUUAAUUCCAACUCAAUUUACAAUGGUAAUAUUACAUCCAGCUUAUACCACAUGUAAAAACUACCCUGAAAGUCAGACAGUUAUAUAGACUGACUCAUGUAGGGGAUAUACAACAGUCAGACAAUCAUAUAGACUGACUCAUGUAGGGGACAUACAACAGUCAGACAAUCAUAUAGACUGACUCACGUAGGGGACAUACAACAGUCAGACAGUCAUAUAGACUGACUCACGUAGGGGACAUACAACAGUCAGAUAGUCAUAUAGACUGACUCAUGUAUAUACAACAGUCAGACAAUCAUAUAGACUGACUCAUGUAGGGGACAUACAACAGUCAGACAAUCAUAUAGACUGACUCACGUAGGGGACAUACAACAGUCAGACAGUCAUAUAGACUGACUCAUGUAGGGGACAUACAACAGUCAGACAGUCAUAUAGACUGACUCACGUAGGGGACAUACAACAGUCAGACAGUCAUAUAGACUGACUCAUGUAGGGGACAUACAACAGUCAGACAGUCAUAUAGACUGACUCACGUAGGGGACAUACAACAGUCAGACAGUCAUAUAGACUGACUCACGUAGGGGACAUACAACAGUCAGAUAGUCAUAUAGACUGACUCACGUAGGGGACAUACAACAGUCAGACAGUCAUAUAGACUGACUCACGUA